UGCAGCAGUCUUAACUCUCCUUCAGGCUGAUACUGACACACAGGCUUUACUGACGCUGUGUGUGUGUGUUUGUGCUGGUAUGAGGAGUGUUGUGCUGGUGUUUUUCUUCAGUGUGAUGGCUGCAGUGGUUCAGGGAUCGUGUCCUCAUGUGUGUUCGUGUUCUGCUGGUGUUGUGGACUGCAGUAAUCGCGCUCUCACCACCGCCACGCUGCCCUCGUCCUUUCCUGCAUCCACCACUGAACUCCUGCUGAAUGAAAACCACCUGACGGCUCUGCCCACCAGCAUACUGGACGCUCUGCCUGCAUUGCGCCGCAUCACCCUGCACGGAAACCCCUGGGCCUGCGACUGCGCCAUUCUUUACCUGAGAGGCUGGAUGCUGAAACAUGGCAGUGACGCGUCUGUGCGGAAUGUGUCGUGCAGUUCUCCUGCUCACCUGCGGGGGCGCCUGAUUGUGUAUCUACCGGAGCAGGAGCUGCUGGACUCGUGUCGGUACUGGCUGUGUAAUUUAGCUCUGGCGUCUCAGAUCAGCCUGUUGGUGUUCAUCUGCGUUCAGGCGCUCCUGCUGGCCUCCGUCAUCCUUUUCCUUCGCCGGUUCGAGCGGCUCACUGAGGAGGCGCGGCGUACGGCAGCCGAGAGCUUCACUGCUGAGGAAAACACAGAUCACAACAGUGAAUACGUCAUGCUGAAAGACAGGAGCAUGUAGAGCUGCGGUCACUGCAUAUAAUUAUAAUAAUAUAUAAGUGUCAACUUUACAUUCAUUUCCUUUUGUAUUACCUAAUAUUUUUCCAAAAUACUUAAAGUUGUAAGUUAAAGGGAUAGUU